ACUAGGAAACACAUAGAUAAAACUGAAAAAACUGUUAGGAAAAAUUUAGUAAGAACACAUAGUUUAACAGAACAGAUAGGUACCGCGCCACGAAAACAAACCGUAGGUCGUUUAGGUACUAGGUCAGACUCAAGCGUAAUUCACGUGCAGUUAGAGCCAGUGGUUAAGAAAAAAAUGAGUAAAAUGGAUUUAGAUAAAGCAAUUGCUAUGAUACCUAUUUGCACGGGCAAAAAGGACGUAGCCGAAUUUAUAAAUAUUUGUGAAAUCGCAAUUAAAGAGACAACGGAAGCAGAUACACCGAUCUUAUUAAAAAUAAUUACUUCUAAGUUAACAGGAAAUGCAUUAGAAGUAACAAAAUAUCGAAAUUUAGAAACAUGGGGAGCAAUAAAAACAAUAUUAGAAGGGGCAUUCGAACAAAAAGUAUCGGAGAGGGCCCUAUCGAUAGCUUUAAACACGGCACGUAUGGCCGAGGGAGAAAGUGUGGCAAAAUUCGCUAGUAGAAUCGAAGAGUUAUAUUAUAAACUCUGCGCGGCAAGUACGAUAGGUCUAGCUCAGGCCGAGGCAGAUAUAGUGAAAAAACAAACAAAGAAACAGGCAAUGAUCAUAUUUAUGACAGGGUUACCUCAUCACCUAUAUACAGUACUGAAAAGUCGAAAUCCCAGUACAUUGGAACAAUGUUUCAAAACGGCGAUCGAUGAGAUGCUCGAAUAUGAGUCAAAAGUAGAAAUGGAUAAAUUACAGAGACAAAUUGGUAAUGGAAAACAGGCAGAUGUCAAUAACGAGGAAAAACGACAAAAUGGUGGUAAUACAAAUAACGCAGUUAAUCGCGGAGGAAACGGUAAUUCAAAUCAAAGAAUUAUGGGAAUAAUAAUCAGAGCGGAUAUGGCUCACACAUGGUUAAUCGCGGCGGUCAACGAGGCGGAAACGGCUAUGGACGGAAUUUCAAUACCAAUAAUGUACAACAAAAUAAUAUUAACCGAGGCACCGGAUGCUACACUUGUGGUAGAUCUAAUCACAUAG